AUGAGAGAAAGAUCCGUCUACUACUUGACGAAAGCCGCGGACAAUUGGUGGGCGACAGUCGAACCUGAUCUCCUGCAAGACCCAGCAUUUGGUUGGGAAGAAUUCAAGGUGGAAUUAAGGGAACAAUUCUACACUGAGCGUAUUAAAGGGAUUAAAUACGACGAGUUCCUACGACUAAAGCAGAAGGGAGCAACUAUCCAGGAAUAUUAUGACCAAUACGUUGAGCUGAUGCGUUUUGCUCAAGAGAUCGUACUGGAUGAGGCAAGUAAGGCAAGAAGAUUCGUCCGGGGAUUGGACUGGAGCAUAAGGGGAAUGAUCGCACCAUUCAUGUGUUCUACCUUGAAAGAGGCGUAUGAUAGAGCAUCAUAUCAUUAUCAAGUGUACCUGGACCAACAGGAAGUCUACGACCGAAGUAAGAGGAAAGCUGAUGACAAGUCACGGAAGUUCCCGUCAGGAAACAAAAAGGCCAACCAAGACAGCUUCAACCCAGUACGAGGAAGAGAAGGAGUCAAUCAGGGGAACCGUCCUGCUUGCCCAAGAUGUGGGAGGAAUCAUCCCAGAGAAAACUGUCAAGGAAUGAAGUUUAGAUGCUUCAAGUGUGGUCUCCUUGGGCACAAAUCUUUUUAG